AUGGAUCCUCCUCCUGCGACGCCCCUCUCGCCGAUAUCCUCGCUACUCCAGACCAUAGGCAUGUCCCGCGAGGACCUCGCCCGACACAGCGAACAGAUGCGAAAAUAUCUCACCGCGCAAGACCCUGGCGCGGUCUCCGCCAUGCCCUUCCUUCGCGGCCUGCGGGAAUCCGCGACCCCCGAGCCGGCCGCCUCAGCGCCAUCGUCUCAGCGGAGGGCGCGGUCGGGGACGAGAUCUAGGACGCACUCGCUGAGCGCGAUCGCCGCCGAAGCAGCGCUAGUGCCCUCGACACCGAUCAAGUCCGAGCCGGUGGACGCGCCGGUGCCUCUGCGGUCGAUGUCGAGCAUGGAGAUGGUCAUCGAGCGCAAGAGCAAGCGCGUCCGGAAGGAGAAACGCGGCAAGGACAGGCGCGAGCGCACGAAUAGCCUCACGCACCCGCCAUCCCCGUCCCCGCUUCCGUCGUCGCUCAGCCUCGACACCUUCAUGCAGGCACGCGCCAGCAGGAAGCCGUCGUUCUCAGACGCGUCUAAACCUGCAAAGGCACCAUUAAUUGAGCCCCAUCCUGUGACGCCUACCCACAGCAGACACUACCGCAUCGACACGUCCACAACGCCUGGUAUGACGCGUCAAAACUCUUUGAAUGCGCCACACGGUCUAUCGCCCUACUACCGCCCUGAAACCUACGUGCGCUCCUCUCCCCGCGUCCACGCGUUUUAUGCCCUGACACUCUCCCAGCUCACUCCUCAGAAACCGCACAACAUGCCCAACCAGCUCUCCUCUCCCGCCUAUGCCCCCGGCUCGUCACCACAGUCCUCCCCCUCGCGCCCCAGCGCCAUCGUCAACCUUGUCUCGUCUCCCGGGCCGAUGGCCCCUACUUCUUCGCCUUUCUCUCAGCCACUGCCGUAUACUCUGCCAUCGCCUCCCUAUCUGCAAACGAAACCGGAGUUGUCUUACGCAGCCCUCAUUGGCCAAGCGGUACUCUCUUCGGAGCAACAUAUGCUCACCCUUCAGGAGAUCUACGAGUGGAUCACCACCGUAUAUCCGUACUACAAGCGGAAUGAACAGACGUGGAUGAACUCGGUCAGACACGUCCUCAGUACCACCGCCGUAUUCAGGAAGGCGCCUCCUCGAGAAAGCGAGACGGGCGGCCGAGGCGGCAAGACGAGGUGGGCCAUCUGGGAUAAGGACAUCAAAUGCUUCGAAGGCGGCGGUUUCGACAAGAGAUUCUGCGAGGAUAUCGUCAAGAAGGACGCCAAUAAAAAGCGGGCCGCCGACGAAAUCGCGAAUUCUUCCGGGGGAGGUGGCAGUGGUAGCGGAAGCGGCGCGAGGAAGGCCAAGCGGGUGAAGAAGACCCUGAACAUGGCGCCACCGUUGGGGAGCCUGCCGGUCGUAUAUCCUCAGCCGGUCAUGGCGACGGCGUCUUUGACGUCCCACGCAUAUGCACCGGUGACGAUGUAUCCAGGUCCAAGCCUGGCGCCAUCCGUACAUGCGCAUCCGCACCACCAGACAUACGUGCAGGCAUGCAAUCCUGGCCAUCACCCGCCGGGGGCGAUGGUCUUCCCGCCCUUGCCGACCGCAUACGCGACUCAAGGCGCAGUUGUUAUUCCGUCCCACCGCACCAGAUCGGCUUCGAGUGCAAGCGCUACGACGGCAUCCCAAGAAGAAGCAGAACGAGAGAUCGAGCGCAGCCCGUCACCGGAAACGUUGCAGUAUCCUCCUUCGCCCACCUCUCCACCUUCGCGCACGCAUUCGCCCUCGUCGUCACCGCCGCCGACGUCUGCGAGCUCGGUUGCGUCGUCCUCUAUGCUCCCUCCUGAUCUUACGACGGAUUCCGGGUCGUCGAGCAGCCCUACGUUGCCGUCGUCAUCUGUCGGAAGUAAUCUGAGCAGCAAGGCUAGUGUAUCGCCUAUGGUCAAGGCCCAUGAUGUCGGUUACGAGGACAUCGAUGACGAAGAGAGCCCUGCGUUUGAUGUAGCUCGUGCUACUCAUACAGAAUUCGACCUGUCGUACCCAGUCCCAAGCAGGAAGGGGAAGGAACGCGACAUGAGUGAGCCAACAACGAAGCGCACGCUCUCUUUGCUCUCGCUUCCUCCGAUGCCUGAGUCGCCCACCAUGGGCAAAUCCAGACCUGCUUAUUGCCAAGGGUACCCUUUCGCCCCGCCGGAAUCUCCAACGUUGGCCUUACGGAAGGUCAAGCUCAAUACUCCUGCACGACCUCCGGGAACUCCACCUACCGCUUCCAUCGUUGCCACGGAUCGCCCUCGUACACCGGACCGUCAACGGCCACAGACGCCUCCCCCCAAGACUGUACCUACUCCCCCACAAACGCCGUCACAGCCCUCCCUCGACCCCGCCCGCACCCCGCCGCCCUCCACGCCUCACAAAGACCGGGACAUCAUGCGCUACCUCAACCUCUCUCCCGAACGCACACCGCUCUCGCACCGGGGCGUGCACAUGUCCCCCUCACCCAGCCUCGCCUACUACAAAUCGCACCUCGAGCCGCCUCCGCCCAUGUCACACUUCACCUCCCAUCACCUCGCGCCGCUCCUGGACAUCAAUGCAGGUGUGGGCUCGACAAGCGUGCAGUCAUCGCAGGAAAGCGAGCACCAGGCGGACAAGGACGCGCUUCGCACGCCUUCUCUCGCUCGCGGCAGUGGCAGCGGGCCGUUCGUCCUCCAGUCUGCUGGGUUCGGACCGCCGGUGACCCCGAAGAAACUUAUCUUCCCGUCGUUCAGCGGUACGACGCCGCUGCGCGCUGGCAAAGGCGGCGUGUAUGAUCCGCACGACCCGGCGCUCAUCCUCGACGAGGAGCUGCGGUUGGGCGGCCCGGCGGGUUUCCUCGGGUCGGGAUUGGGACUGCAGGAGAGCCCCACGGGCUUAUUCGGCGGGACGAGGGGGAUGUUGUAUGAGAGCCCCAAUUUACCCAGUCCUGGGCCUUGGUCUAGGCGGUAUUGAUCCUGAACCCGGUGUCGUCUAUGUGCAUUAUCGCGCGUCUACCUUCCCCUCCCAUCCCCUCUCUACGUCCAACGCUUCAGAUAUGAAUGAUAUGAUCCCCUGACUUUCUUGGUUUACGACUCGCAGCGACUCGAACUAUCUCAGGUCUCGAUCUCUCCCGUUGUUUUGUGCCGUUCAUCCCUCGCCGCUCCUCCGUGCGACUUUGAAACUGUAUUAUCACGCCAUCGUCCCCAAAUCUCGUGUUCUAUUUCCUCUCUUAUUGCCUGCCAUCACCGUAUCGUAUGCACGCGGACGAGAUUCUGAAUGUGGUGUACGCGGCGCCGGACACGUUCC